UACUUCAAACGCGGUUGCGCCUUAACUUUGUUCGAGCCAUCGCUGCGUGUUUUCUCACCACUUGGACAGUUCAUUGGAAAAUACUCCAGUUUCAAUUCUAUCAGCAUAAAUCAACUGUUUGGUGCCUCUCAUGUAAACCAGUGCCUUAGAUUCAUUUCGAAAACUUGCCUUUUUACUUCGCAAAAUUAGUGAUAUGACGACAAUCGUAAGCAAUGGCCACAACCAAGAAGAUUAUGCAAAAACAGUUUUUGGAGGAGGUCGAGAACAUCAUGAAGCAGAGCACGUAGUGGAAGAGUCGGAAACAUGUGGAAAAAUCUUGGUUGUGCUAUCAUGGAUCCUGGUGUGUUUGACAAUGCCUUUUUCCCUGAUGGUCUGCUUCAAGGUGGUUCAGGAAUAUGAAAGAGCUGUUAUUUUUCGCCUUGGACGUCUGCUGUCUGGAGGAGCUAAGGGACCAGGUAUAUUCUUCAUUCUACCUUGCAUUGACGCCUAUGCAAGAGUUGAUCUAAGAACAAGAACCUACGAUAUUCCUCCACAAGAGGUGCUGACGAAGGACAGCGUGACCGUCUCGGUGGACGCAGUGGUCUACUACAGGGUGUCGAACGCGACAGUUUCGAUCGCCAACGUCGAGAAUGCCCACCACUCGACGCGUCUGCUCGCCCAAACCACCCUGAGGAACAUCAUGGGACAACGACCCCUCCACGAGAUCCUGAGCGAGCGCGAGAGCAUCUCCCAGCACAUGAAGGCGCUACUGGACGAGGCUACGGACUCCUGGGGCAUCAACGUCGAGAGAGUUGAGAUAAAGGACGUUCGUCUACCUAUCCAACUCCAAAGGGCCAUGGCGGCAGAAGCUGAAGCUGCACGUGAGGCUAGAGCCAAGGUCAUCGCUGCCGAAGGAGAACAGAAGGCCUCCAGAGCCCUGAGAGAGGCUUCUGAGGUCAUUGGAGAUUCUCCUGCUGCUCUUCAACUGAGAUAUCUCCAGACCCUGAACACGAUUUCAACGGAGAAAAACUCUACAAUUGUAUUCCCUCUUCCAAUCGACAUCAUAUCCUACUUCAUGAAGAACAGAAAAGACUAAAAAGGGAAAAGUCGAAGCAGAUCAUCAAAAAACCAAUUAAAUGUUUUAAUACUCACAUAAUAUGUUUUAUGGAUGUUGUCGAAAAAAAGGUUAAACUAAAAUGUUCAUGAUGAGAAUAUGCGACGAAAUAUUCACUUUGAAGAAAUAUGCCGAUUAAGUUUGUUUAAACAACGAAAAAUCGUUCGUAUAUAUGUAAAAUUGUCUGAUGGAAAACCAAUCGUGAUAGGAAAAUUUCGUUUCAGAAAUCAGUCUGCGGUUUGAUUGGAAAAAAUAACAUAUUCUCACUAUGGUUAUGAGAAUAUGUUACUUUUAUAUUUCCCAAAUUGAGAAUUGAAUGUUCCACGUGAAGUUUGGGGAAUAUUAUUCAAUAAUACAACUGAAAGGAAUAACAUAUUCAUACUGAUAUGGGAAUAUGUUAUUCAUAUAUUCCCCAAAUUUAUGAUUGUUUCACGUGAAUUUUGGGCAAUAUUCAACGAUUCGAUUGAAACGAAUAACAUAUUCAUGGACAUGAGAAUAUAUUAUUCAUACGUAUAUUCUCCAAAUUUUGCAUUCACUUGAAUUUUGGGGAAUAUUUCAGUUCAACGAUUCAAUUGGAAUGAAUAAUAUAUCCAUAUUCUAUAGAAAUGGGAAUAUGUUAUUUGAAUAUUGCCUCAAAUUCAGGACUCGAAUUACGGGGAAUAUCGUGCCGCAAUUUUUGAUAUGUUGUCAGUCGAUGAAAUUCCGAAUUUUUAUUUUCACAUUAGAAUACUCUCCGCUGAUCCUGUGCACUGGAAUAUUUCAUCGACUUUAAUUAAUGAAAUAUUCCAGGUUUUUCCACAGAUCAGUCGAUAGUACGCUCGACCGGCAUUUGUGAAAUUGAAUUCUCUAAAUUUGAUGACUGCUUUGUCCGUGAUUUGGCAUCGGGAUUCCACUAGGCAUUCUUCAGUGUUAUAUUCCCGCGAUAUCCCGGAAGCUGUUGACGUCGCGGGAAUACAUCCUGCACCAACUGAAGAAUACCUGCUUCCCGCCAUUUUAUACGGGUCUAAUUUUUUUCACUCUCCCAUACCGGAAAAAUAUAAUUAGAUUUCGGGCUUGGGAGCGAAUUGAAUUUUUUUUGCGCCUUUAUGUAUCUCCUGGAGAGUUUAUGACGUUAUCGAAGCCAGAUUAACCGAGGUGGUUCUACGAUAGAUGGCGUCAUAAAAAUUUAGGACGGAAAAUGUCCAUUAAUGUCUUAGAUUUCAUUGGUUUCGUCUUUCUGGAUUGUGGAUUAAGGAUCGAGUUUUCCGAGAAUAUUAAUUUUUCUCGGUUUUUCUUCAGCCUCUACACACUGAUCAAUAAUCGAUAUCGGAAUUCUUGAAACAUUGUCAUCAACAUUUCACUACGUCAAAAUCGAUUUAGAAUAUGAGAAACUCUGUCAUUUAUAUAAUUUCAUUUGAAAAAAAUAGAUCGAAUUUGUUCUAUCAA